AUGUCAUCACAUGUUUUGCCAACAUCACCGAAUUCUGGAGAAAAAGCAAAAGAUGAAUCAGUCAAAAAGGACAGACCAUAUAAGGUCUUUUUCAAAGAUCUCUUUCUUUUCAAAGAAAAUGAAAUGGAAGCAAAGAAAAGGGAAAAAAUUUUGAACCGUAGCAUGAAAGUCUACCAAAAGUCUACUUUUUCAUCCCGAAUGAAGAGUCGUUCACACCUGAGCCAAAUAGCUCUUCUUUCUGACAGAGGUGAUGGCUCAUUUGAAAAAUUUGGGUUGGAUCCAAUUCUUAUUCUCAGAUUAACAGAAGGUGCAGAUGCGAAAAGGACUGUUCAUGAAUUUAUUAACGACCAGAGAGACAGGUUUCUACUUGAGUAUUCUCUGUCAGCCAAAAGAAGCACAAUUAAUAAGUUUGAAAAACACAUAGCAACGAGGGAAAGACAACUUAGAACGGCAGAAAUUAAGCUGGAACAUGACGCAAUGGCCUUUGAAGAGUUCCUUCGAGAAAAUGAUCAGAGAUCUGUAGAUGCUCUUAAAAUUGCAGCACAAGAAACUAUAAACAAACUUCAAAUGACAGCAGAGCUAAAGAAAGCCAGCAUGGAGGUGCAGGCGGUGAAGAGUGAAAUAGCAAAAACAGAAUUCCUCCUUAGAGAGUACAUGAAAUACGGAUUCUUUCUACUGAAAUUGUCUCCAAAACAGUGGCAAAUUCAGCAAGCCCUAAAAAGUUCAUCAAAAAAUAAUACCGUCAUUCCAAAAUCAAUAAAAAAAUCCUCCAUCAGUUCCAGUAAAAGAGACAGCUUUGAUAUGGAGACGAUGACUUCAGAUGACUAUUCUAUGGGAAGAGGGAGCCUAGGAAAGCCACGCAAGAAGUCCACCCUCAACUCAGAACCUAAGAAAUCACCCUGGACAAACCGGCCUGACAGUAUCAGCUCUGAAGACAGUCUGGAGUUCUUUCUAGAUGAAGACAUUGACUUGGAUCUGGAGCCAGAGCUUUAUUUCAAGGAACCGGAAGAGUUACUUCAGGUCCUCACAGAACUGGAAGAGCAGAAUCUUACUUUGGUCCAAUAUUCCCAAGAUGUAGAUGAAAAUCUUGAAGAUGUAAAAAAAAGAGAAAAAGUCAUACAUGAUAAGGUAAAUAGCAACAUUGACUUCCUGGUGGAGCACAAGGAAAUGCUUAAGGCUAACUGUGUGAGAGAAGAGGAAAAAGCAGCAGAAUUGGAACUGAGGUCCAGGCUCUUUAGUUUUGGAGAAUUUAAUUCGGAAGCUCAGGAAAAACUGAUAGAUUCACUUAGUAAAAAAAUUAAUCAAGUAUAUAAAGUCUGCAUUGGAGAUGCUGAGGUUGGCAGCCUGAAUGCAGUUCAAAAGCUGGUCAAAGUAGAGUCUCGACUGGUGGAACUGAGCGACCUCAUCGAAUCCAUCCCCAAAGAAAGUGUGGAUGCAAUCGAGAGGAUAAAACAGAAGGAGAGGCGACAAAAGUUGCGUGAAGAGAAAAUGAGAGAAAAACAAAAGUACCAAGAAGAAAGGCUAAAAGCUGCUCUGGAAAGAGCUGUAGCACAACCAAAGAAAAAGAUGGGAAGACGACUUACCUUUCGUUCACAACCUCCAUCUGGUAGCAAACAUGAUCUAAUUUUCAUCAAAGAUACAAGAACRAAAUCACUGGAGGAAGAAUAUUUUUUUGGUUGA